ACCGAAACGAACAGGUAGCAUGAACCAAACAACACUGAACAUCAAAGUAUAAAUGUGGAAAUGUUUUAUUAAACAAAAACAAAUAGUAUUAUAUUGAAAUAAACUGGAAUUAAUAACUUGAAGUUAACUGGAAGAAGAGGCAAAGAAAACUAAGCUGACAUCAUGCCGGGAACUUUCCCAGUGGCCAGUAAAAUUCUACACAAAUAUGAACAAGAUAGAGCUUACAGAUUACAUAGACAGAAAGUAUCCACCAUAAAACCAAAGGUAGCAACCAAAGGACCAAGGAAAUAUCCUCAUCUUAUUCUCAGCUUAAAGAAAAUACAGCUUGAAGAAGAAAAACAAGCAGAAGUAGACCAUGAAAACAGACUGCUACUGCAUAAGAUGACAAAUAUAAUGAAAAACAGGGCUCAAGUGGAUAACUGGAAUGAAUAUGAACCUAGAAGUUUAAAUUAUGUAGCUAGAGAACGACAUAUAAGAGAUAUUCAGUCAGAGAAUAUAGGUAUCGCUAAAAGACUAGAGAAAGCACAACCUGUGAUAAAGGCAGAUGAUUUGGAAAAAGAUUAUCAACACAAAAGAUACUUGCAGACCUUAUGGAAUGAGAAUGCCAAAGAUUAUGAAGAAGUGACACCUCGUCAUCACAAGUUUAAAGAACUCAAAAGAAAUAAAGAUGGUAUAGAAGGUGAAGAUGAUUAUGACGAUGAUUUUGAAGAUGAUGAUUCUAAAAGUAAAAAGAGAGAGAAGCUUCCUCCACUGACUGAGGACAGGACCAGUAAGUCCAUAAAGUACAGUUAUAAUCCAUACACCAACAAAACAUCUUCCAGCAAUGAUAGCUUGCCUAGGAUCGACAGCAAAAAGACAGAACGAGAAAAAUUGUUCAUGUAUUAUGGAGAUGCUCCUCCAGAUGAUAAGAUGAGUAGUAAAAAUUCACAAGCAGAUUCAAUGGAUGAUGAUGAAGUCUCACCUACGAAUCCAACAGAUAAUGACUGCAAACAGUUGUUUAAAGUAGCUAAACAGUUAGCUGCCCCACCUGAUAUUCUCAUAAAAACAUUGGUAAAGAAAACACCCAAACAGAGACAGCAGACAAAAGAAAGAUUUAAGGAAAUGUAUGAUCUGGAAUUAGUCUCUGAAUUAAAAGAAGGACUUGGACCUGAAUGGCAUCUUCUGAUUGAUGCUCUUUUGAAUGACAGCACAAGUUCUGGUGCCAAAAAAUUACAUGAUGCAUUAGAGGAGGGUGAUUACUCACAGACAGUGGAGAUUUUAUGUUCAUCUAACAAAAGUGCAAUGGCUGAUCUUAAAGAAAGUUAUAAGAAAGAGUAUGCUGUAAGUUUAGAGAGUGAUAUAAAGGACAAGACAGACGAUCCUGAACAAGCAUUGUUGCUUAUUUUACAAAAGGGUUUAAAAGAAGAUUCAGGAAAAGUAGAUGAAAAAACAGCAGGAAAAGACGCAGAGCAAUUAAAUGAGACUGGAGAGGGAAGAUGGUCUAGUUCAUCUGGAAAGUUUCUAAAGUUACUCAGUACUAAAAGUUUAGCUCAUCUCAGAGUUGUACUCAACUUGUAUACAGUGGAAACAGGAGGACGAGAUGCCACUGAUGAUAUCAAGAAGGAAUGUUCUAAGAAUUAUGCAGAUGCAGUUGUGACAUUGUUACAACAAGUGAGAGGUGCUGAGACACAUUAUGCAGAUCAGUUGUUUAAGAACAUGGGCCCAACCAACCCUGUCUUUAUUGAUAUAUUAGUCAACAAGAAUGAGGGUGACAUGGCUGCAAUCAGAAAAGAAUACAAAAAGAAAUAUGAUGCUGAAUUACCAGAUGACGUGAAACACAAGUGCAAAGGUCAUCCAACAGAAAAAGUCAUGGUGGAACUGGCAGGAAAAUCAAAAGGAGGAAAGUCUGCAAUUUUAAUUGUGUACACAAACCCUCAGGGUCAGAAGAAAGGUUCAUCGACUGCUGCCCCUCCAACAUCCAAGAAAACAGGUGCAAAGAAACCUACAGAGAAAGGUGCUCAGAAAGGACAGGAAGGGGAACAAAAGAAAGAUAACCCAUUGUCCAAACCUACACCAAGAGUUACUGCUGAUGCUGCACAACAGAAAAAGGAUAAGGAAAAGAAUGCAGAGAAAGAAAAGAAACAGAAAGAAGAAGAACAAAAAAACAAAAAUGGUACUGUUCAAGCUGCUGCUCAUUCUGACCCUGACGACGAUUGUCUAGCACUUUAUGAUGCUAUGAAAGGACUUGGAACUGAUGAGGAUGCCAUUAUUGAGAUCAUACCACAUAGAAGUAAUAGUCAGCGACAGACACUGAAGAAAAAAUACAAAGAGAAAUAUAAGAAGGAUUUGGCCAGUGAGCUGCAAUCUGAGUUGACUGGAGACUUUGAAGAGAUAAUAUUAGCCUUAAUGAUGACACCAGUAGAAUAUGAUGCCUACUGUUUACAUGAAGCUAUGGAUGGUAUGGGAACAACAGAAUCUACAUUGAUUGGUAUAAUCUGUACAAGGAAUGCUAAGGAAAAACAAGCAAUUAAGGAGCAGUACAAAAAAGCUUAUAAGAAAGACUUAGAGAAGGAUGUGAUAGGUGAUACAAGUGGAGGGUUCACUGAUCUGUUACUGGAGCUACUGAAGGGAGAAAGAGAACAGGGAACCUCUGUCAAUCAGAAACAGGCACAGGAAGAUGCUAAAAAGCUUAGUGGUAAUGGAAAAGAGAAGAAAAUAGAUUUGGACAGCAAAGAGUUCUUAGAGAUUAUGACUAAAAGAAACAAGGCACAGCUGAGAGCUACUUUUGAUGAAUAUAAAAAGUUAAUGGGACAUGAUAUUUACCAAGGAAUAGCUAAUUCUAUGUCUGGGGAUGCAGAAGAUGCUUACAUAGGACUUGUGACUGUUGUAGAGGACCCGGUAGGAUUUUAUGCUGAUAGACUGAGUAGAGCCUUCAGUGGAGUUGGUACAAAUGACAGUAUGUUAAUCAGGAUUGUUGUAUCAAGAUCUGAGAUUGAUUUAGCAGAGAUUAAAGUGAAAUAUAAAGAAUUGAGUGGGAAGACAUUGAGGUCAUCAAUAGAAUCAGAAUGUAGUGGUGAUUAUAAGAAGAUAUUAUUAGAAAUUGUUGGUGAAUAGUCCAGUGAUAGAUACAUUUUGUACUACCAGGAGUAUGAUGGAAUGUAUUUACUGAUUUAAUCUGUGAUAUUAUUUUUACAGUGACACUCAUAUCAUAAUGAUAGUUUUCAACAAAAUUAAAUAGUGUUUUUUCACCCUAUUCUGUUUUUCAAUUUUUUUUAGUUCUUUAUUUAUUUCUAUAUUUUUUAUUAGACAGACCAAAAAAAUGUCAUUCAUUUUUUUUCAUUUAAAAUAGACUAUGCUUCUUAAAUGACAAAAAAAAUCAAUUGUAUUUAGCUAUAAGAUUAAUUUCCUUUGAUUUUUUCAUUUUGCAUGUUCAAAAUGAAAUUAAUCUUAAUUAUUUCUUAAGUUGAAAUUAUAACUGACAAAAAAGAGCUUGCUUUAGUCCUUUUUCCUUAUAACUUCAUCUUAUAAAACAUCAUUAGUUCUGCCACUGUAUUUUCCUUUCAAAUACUCUUAUAUCAUUGGUUUGAAUACAUCAAAGUUCUAAGCUGUGAUAUAAUAUUACUUUAAUUGUUAUUUAUAUAAUGCCUUCAUCAAAUUACGUAUUUUAUGUAAUUAUGUUCGUAAAUCACUUGAGAUUCUGCAUUAAAAUGUGUUGAAAAUAAUCCUAUAGAAAUGAGACUAAUAUGGACUUAUUUCUCAUUGUCAUUUUCCGUUAAUGAUAACUAAGAUGUUAUAAGGCGUAUAUACAGAGUGGGAAACAUGGUAUUUAAGAUAAUAUUUUCAGUAGUUCUAGCAUUUAUAUCAAUGUGCAAUAAUUUUUUCUCUAUUCUAUUUCUACAUUUAAUUACCGAAGUUGUGAUGAAAAACAUACUGUAUCAACAGUAUUUUAAUUUUCUGGUUUUACACUGAAAUUGAUAUGAUGCAAUACUUUUUUGGUGGUUUUACGUUUGAGAAAGUAAUGUUCCAUAAAGUAAUAUUUUUCUUUAGGGAUUUAAUUUCCUGAUUAAAAUCUAUCCAUAAAAUAAGCCUAAUUAAACCCAACCUUAUUUCAGACUUUUCUGUAAGCCAACUGUUUUUAGAGCAGUUUAUUUUUGCUUUUCUUGAGAAGAAAAUUGACACAAAUAUAAAUUGUCACAAAAAUGUCAAACUAAUCUUCACCUCAAACAAUGAGGAAAACCCAUACCUUAUAGUAAGCUAUAAAAGGCCCUGACAUGACAAAGUAUAAAACAAUUCAAAAGAUAAAACCAACAAUCUGACUUGUAUUCAAAAAAUAUAAAAUACAGACAUAUUUUUAAUCAAUUCAGUAUUAUUUAAAUAAAUUUACCGGUUAAUAACAUAAUGUAAGUAUUAAAACAAGUAUUUUUAACUGUUACUGCAUUUUUUAAUAGCUUCAUUUGAAAGAAUUCCACUGACAAGUGAAUUUUUUUAUGGUGUACCUUUUACCUUUUGUUUUGCUUUGAAAAAGAAUUAAGUGUACACAAAAUGAUAUAUCUGAUGUUGCCGUCCAUUUAUUUACAUUACAUUUCAUGUCUUCAAUUUAUUUUUGUUUAUCUUUGCAACAUUUUAUAAAUUUUUUCUUGCAUUUACUUGUUAUAUUUUUAUUUAAAGUUUUCAUAUACAAAUUGUUUUUUAUAUUGCAAUGUAUAAGUAUUAUAAGUAUUAAUGUUUCAUUAUUAUAUUUAUCAUAUAUUGUGGGGUUUUCCAACUUUCUUUUAUGACCAAAAGGAUAACUUUUGUGUUUUUUUACUCUACAAAAACAUGUAUUAAAGUUAGUUACUUACGAAAAGUUAAUUUUACUUAAUGCUGAACAUAUACUUUUAUACAAAUAUUGUAAACAGUUUCCUUUUACAAGAUUCCUCUCAUUGAAAUUCAAUGAAAAACAACAGCAAGUUAUUUCUCAGUUCUUUUUUAUUUCUUCUUUUUAUUUUAUUGAAAGUAUAUUGUUUCUUGAGAGAUUAUAACAUAUAUUUAUGACGGUUUGAAAGUUUCAUCUAGAUCAUAUAAGAUGUAUUUUUCUGAUAUAGUACCUUUUGAAACUCAUGUCUGAAAGUCGAAUCCGACUUUCAAAUUACAAUCGAAUAUGAAUUAUUUCCCUUGUUGGAAAGUAUUCAGGUAAAAUACUGGUUGGCUGCAGUGGAGAGCAAUGGUGAGAAGUAAAAAGAAAAACAAUGUGUUACUUCCCAUUUCUAAACAUUUCUAGCUUUAUAAUCGAGUUUAAAUACAAGAAUUUUUAAAGGCAAAAGACUGUUAAUAAUUGUAAUAUUUAUAAAAACCAAUCAUUAUCUUUAAAUUAACAGGGAUUAAAAAUGGCUAAUCUUUGACUCUUCAUUGAGCUUCUGUGCUGAACAGCUGUUCUACUUCCAGACAAGGGAAAUAACUUGCUUUAAAUUAUAAUUUUGAAAUAAAAUUAAUGAUUCCAAAAAUGAGUUUCUAGAAGUCUAUAGACAUAUGAUCUUAUCUAUUGAGAUAUUUAACCUUUUAUAUUUCCCAGAUUUAUUUUCAGGUCAGAAAAUGUAGUUACUUUAAUGAGAAUUUAUAUCUCUUUUUUUACCACAUGAUAGAUACAUCUUAUUUCUGGUCUAUUAUUUGUACACUUUAUUUUUUUGAAAUAAAAUAUAUAUUCUUG